AAAAACUACAAGUCCCAGAUUUCACAAUGCGGAAGUAGCGAAACAAAACACCGCUAGGCUGCCGCACACCACAGCAGAGAAGAUGUCUCAUGUGGUAAAAAAGAGAAAACUGGACAAAAGCCGCCAGGACAGACUUUAUUUUGACAGCUACUCCGAUGUGACUAUCCACGAGGAAAUGAUAGCGGACCACGUCCGAACCAGCACGUACCGGACUGCGAUACUGCGGAACAGUGAGUCUAUUCGGGGUAAAGUUGUGCUGGACGUCGGUGCAGGAACCGGCGUUUUGAGCAUCUUCUGUGCUCAGGCUGGAGCUAAGAAGGUUUACGCGGUGGAAGCCUGCUCCAUAGCGGAGCAGGCGAUAAAAAUAGUCAAACACAACAACCUGGAGGACAAGGUGGAAGUCAUUCGAGGCACGGUGGAGACGGUGGACCUACCGGAGAAGGUGGAGGUGAUAGUGAGCGAGUGGAUGGGUUAUGCCCUCCUGCACGAGUCCAUGCUCAACUCGGUGCUGUACGCGCGGGACAAGUGGCUGAAGGCGGGCGGCAUCAUCCUGCCGAGCAAAGCCGAGCUCUACAUCUCCCCCAUCAGCGACCCGCUGCUGGAGGACCGCUUGCACUUCUGGUACACCGUUAAAGACCAGUACGGCGUCGACAUGUCCUGCAUGUCCGACUUCGCCCGCAGGUGCAUAAUGAACUCGGACAUCACCGUGAACUCCGUGACCGUGGAGGACGUGCUCUCCCACCCGGCCCGCUUCGCCGAGCUCGACCUGCACUCGGUCACCGUGGAGGAGCUGCGCUCGGUGAAGGGCCACUUCAGGUGCGAGUCGUUCGGUUCGGCGGCAGUGAACGCUUUCUGCGUGUACUUCACGGUCACCUUCCCGUGUCCGGAUAAGCCGCUGGUGCUCUCCACGUCCCCGUUCAAACCGGAGACUCACUGGAAGCAGGCGGUGCUCUACCUCGACGCACCGGUGGAAGUGGUGCAGGACACGCCGGUUACCGGAGAGGUCAGCAUGUACCCCUCGGAGGAGAGCGCCAGACAUAUAUGUAUCCACGUGGACUACACCAUAGGAGAGCAGAAAAGACAGUCCAAGACAUUUUCCAUCCCUGACUGGAGCUCCGAGGCUCAGCCAUAGUGUGCAUCAACACCCUUGUAUUAUUAGAUGUCUUUAAGAUCACAGAUGUGUGGUCAAUUAGCUUUUACUGUGCCCUGAAAGCUACGCUUUAGGCCUCACUGUCGAGUUCAGCUGCAGCUGAUCUAUACAUACACACAUUAAAGAGUGUUGAAACAUU